GACAGCUUCCACUCUCGUGUUAUCCCAUCUUUCCUUUGACCCCCCAUUUUUACCAUCACUCACGCGCUCUUUUUUUUUAUAUCUCACGCACGCGCAGACAAAGUCCCACCCAACACACCAGAUAUGCGCUCUUCGCCCUAAUCCGCCUCGCCCUACCCUUUUUACCUUUCAUACACGUGCGACUUGACAAGCGACCGGCGCAAUGAUAUCCUCUGGCUUCACCAAUGCGCCCGUCUCCCAGCUCCUCGUCUUCGGCACUGUCAUUACGGCCCUCCUAGCUACACUUACCGAUACAAGAUACUAUCUGCAUAUACUCGUUGUGCCGCAUAUCUGGGGUUAUGGCCAGUUUUGGCGUUUUGUGACGUGGCAGCUUAGCUACACGAAUUCUACAGAGGUGCUAUUCGCAGUUGUUUCGUUCUACCAACUACGCGUUAUGGAGCGAUUAUGGGGAAGUCGCAAGUUUGCCUCGUUCCUCGUUUCGACUCUGCCAUACACCACACUCCUACCACCCCUCAUCCUAACCUUUAUCCUGCGGCCCCUCACGUUUGCGCAUAUGAACCACCUCUCCGCGGGACCUACUGCUAUGCUCUUCGCCCUCAUCGCAAACUACUACGCCGCCGUCCCAUAUACAUAUCGCUAUAGCAUCUCUCCGUGGGCACCUACCACAACUACCUCUGCAUCCUCCUCACAAUCUAUAACCGCCCUCUGGUCGCGCAGCCUAACGCUAACAUCAAAAUCGCUCUCCUACCUCGCGCCUUUACAGCUCGCCUUCUCGCAGUUCCCCGGUUCCUUGCUCGCGGCUGCCAUUGGCUGGGGUGUCGGCACCGCGUACCGGCGAGACUUGCUUCCUGGGGCUACCCGCUGGCGCGUCCCCGGAUGGAUGGUUGGCGAGGAGAAUCGCGACUCGAGAGGCUUUGAGGGGCUGAGAGCCAGAUUGGAUGCAGAGAGGGAGAGAGAAGGCGGGGCUGGGGAUGGACUCGCGACGGGGAUAUUGGCAGGAGAAACGGGAAAUGCACAGCAGGCCAGGCAGAGGAGAACGUUGGGCGAUGUCGUGGCCGAGCAGUUCAGAGGGAGGGGAUAGUCUUUCCUUCUUCUUUCAUUAUCACUUCUGUCUUUCUUGGUUUCGUACGAGAGGGAUGUGGCUGGUAUAGGAUACACAUGUAUAUAUUUGGUCAAAUUAUUGAGUAUUGUCUUAGCCGUGACGAAGAUGGAGAACCGAAAGAGAACCUAGUCAUGUGCGACAAUGUAGCAUAUAUUGAUCAUUUCACCCUUCUCUG